GGACGUGAAUCUACAAGUCGCUAGUCAGGUCGCUCUUCAGUUGCUAUGUCGGUGCCGCUGAGGGUUAACGUGUCCCUCGCUAUGUAAGAGUUGUGAAAACGGAUCGCGAAAGGAUAAAAGGCAACGACGCGACAGUAAAAAUGGGCUUAAAGUAUCUGAUCCUAAUGAUUGCCUUUGCAACGGUGGAAAUAAAUCUAACAGAGAGUCGUCAAAAUGACAAACGGAGAUGGAAAUCUGAAAAGUCACCUUAUUCUCAUUACGUUAACAUCUGCGAUAUUCAAGAUAGAGUCUCAAAGAUUCACUGCUAUUGUGAAAGUAUUAAAAUUAAAACUGCGACAAAAGCUGAUUGCUGGGUAUUCAAUGGUGGCAUAGCUGAAGAUGAUCCAUUCUGGUCUAAUUUUUACUCCCAACCAAAGAUUGAAAGACUUACCUUCAAUGUAAGAGCAGAUGGUGGACUCACGUAUAUUCCCGCUAAAGUUAUAGUAAGACUUGAUCAUUUGCAGUCCUUGAACAUACAAUAUGCUAAUAUCUACAACAUACCAUCAUUUGCAUUUACUAAUUCAACAACGCUAAGAGAAAUAUCUUUACACAAAAAUAAAAUAACGAAACUGGAGAAGAUGUCAUUUGCACAUUUAAUAUUACUAGCGAACAUUAGUCUUGUGGAAAAUCAGAUAUCCGAAAUCAAUAGAGAUGUAUUCUACGUACUACCUAACUUACAAAGGUUAUAUCUUGGGAAAAAUACGAUUGAGGUUUUACACGAUGGAUGUUUCAAACAUCUGAACAAUCUAAUCAAAUUGGAUUUGAAUAGCAAUUUGUUGACUGUUGUAAUUAAAGAGAACUUCCAAGGUCUUGCAAAUUUGAUUACUCUAGAUAUGAGGAAUAAUAAAUUGAAUAUGAUAGGCGACCUGGCGUUCGCAGAGCUCUGGAAUCUUCAAGAACUUUACUUAGACGGCAACGAAAUAAAAUUUAUUUCGGAAAGAGGUUUUGGCGGAUUGAGUCAGCUUAAGAAACUUUCUUUAGCCGAUAAUAAGUUGGGAAUGUUAGAUGGCGGAGUGUUCGACGAUGUACAAAAGUUGAAUGUUCUAGAUUUGAGGAACAACAACUUGGAAACAUUGAAACAAGAUACAUUGAGGAGUGUUAUAGAUAAUAUGAAAUCGAAUUAUGCGUUAAUCUCACUCGAGGGUAAUAAACUAUCCUGUGACUGUCGGCUUGCCUGGCUCCAUAAACUGCGUGAUGAAACUCGAAGUAAGCGAAUCAAAACAUCCCUAUCCCGCCUUAAUUGCAUCGUAGAUAAGGUUAAUGUUAACAAUCUAAUUAAUGUCAAGAAUGUCAUAAACGUCAAGAAUAGUGAUGUGGCCAAAAAGAUCAACAGCGUUAAAAACAUCGAGAGAAUCUACGAUGACAUCGACGAAGAUGACGAUGUAUACGAUGACACGCUACAAGAUCAAGAGACGGAUUCUGAUGUAUCGAAAAUUGUGUAUCGUAAGAAGCUUUUAGAAAUACCUGUCGAUAUUUUACCUUGUCCCAGUAUGCUUGUUUCUGAAGAAUCCUAUUCGCCACCCACACACAAUGAAGUCAAAUAUUUCAAAACUUCUGGAUGCAAUCGUCUUAGAUCGAUUUCAAUACUGAUAAUCAUGUGUUUAAUGGUGAAAAUACUUUCACCAAAUUUAUAAGAUUUAGCACGAACUAUUUGCUUUUAACAUAAUUUGUGUUUUCAGUCACAUUUAUUGGCUAAUAUUGUUGUUAUCAAUGUGUUAAGUAUAAAAUAUAU